GCUCGAGGAGAGGUUUUCUUCACUGGUCACGAGAAGGAUUGCUCGCGGCCAGAAUCGGAGGCGUGAAAUCCGAUUUGAAUUAAUGGCUGGUGCCGCUGACCAAACUUGGUUCGAGCACCAGUAUCAGCAUGAUUACUUGGAGGUGAUUCUCCGAAUGAUCCUCGCUUUUUUCGCCCUCUGUUUUGAAAACGUGUGGCACAGUGUUUCUUCGCGCGCCAAGCAUUCUUAUCGCUAUGGUCAGCAGCUGGACGCAAGUCCUAUUCUCCGAAGAUCUCGGACGAAGAGUAUCCCUGAUAUGCAUCAAAGGCACCAUGUGCGUUUAUUGGAGCAGCUCGUACACAGGAUGGGAGCAGAGUUCAUGACACUAGGUUUUCUUGCAUUCUGCAUUUUUGUUUUCAACAACGCGGGCGGCUUCGAGUGGAUGGCAGACCAUAUCGUUUCGGGAGAGGACCGCUACCCAGAUAAGCCAGAAGCCUGGCUGCAUUUGGCAGAGGUGGUCCACAUGCAGCUCUUUUUGGGCAUGAUCCUCUAUUUUGUGCUGCUGCGCAUGAUCAUUGAGGGGAGCAUCCAGUACAUCGAGCAGCUGGAGUCCAUUUAGCUGCGCCACUUUGCGGGCGGGGGCCCCGGCCAGGCGAGGCUGCAGCCUGCGCAAGACAUGCUGAACGCGGACAAAGGCACGCAGGUCUUUGUGCGCUGGCGCAGCCAUUUCUUGUCGAAGGCCUCGCGCUGGGAGACGACGCGGCCUGAGCUGUACGAAGAUAUCCUGGAGCAUGUCCGGUUUGAUCCCCAUGACCGGCAGGACCACGAUUUUUUGCCCAUGCUGGAAGAACGUCUAGAUUUCAGCGCUUAUUUGUCACUGUGUGUGGAGCAGGGCAUCGUUGAUGCUGUGCACGGGACCACGGUCACGUGGAUCAUUUUGUUGGUUAUUUUCGGUAUCUUCGCAAUCCUCACGAAGUACGCGCACACGACGCUCAUGGCCAUCACGGCCUAUUGCAUCGCCAUGGCGUUCGUGGUCCUCGGACUGAUGAGGCACGUCAGCAGGCGCCGCCAGGCGAGGAUCCUGAGGCACAUCCCGAGCAGCAGCAGCUGCAGCACGGACGUCGGGGGCGGGCGGGUGGAGGACGAGACACGCCCCCGGGGGCCCCGCCGCGGCGCGCGGCUCCGUGGCGACGGCGGUCGAGCUGGCGGAGAGGCUGCAGGCCCUGCGGCUGCCCGCGGGCAGGCUGCUGCUGCUCCUCGGGGGCAGGAGGCACCGCGCGGGCAUCUGGGCCCUCCGGCUAAUGCAGAUCUUGCUGUUCCUCAUCUUGGAAGAGCAGAGGGAGGAGGAGGAGGAGGAGUCGAGGGUCCCCAAACGGUGUGGUGACUGGGGAUACACCCCUCGAAACCCGAAGGGGACGGCCUAUAUCCCCAUCUAGGGGGGUAAAUCGGCCAGUGGGGCCCGGGCCACGCCGCUGGGGAUGGGGAUCGGUUGAACGAUACUCAUAAAUGCC